AUGUCAAAGCGGUGGACCCCUCACACCACGAAACCGCCCCUGCAAGAUGGUGAAGAAUGGUCAACGACCGUUCAGCAAUCGAGCAUGCUGCCCCCUAUCAAUGACGAUUCAACAUUUGCGGUGUCGUUGGCCCCCUUUUGGAACAUGUAUAUCGGCAAUUGGGAGCUAUCAUCGUUAAAAAAGCAGUAUCAUCUGAUUCUUCGACUCGUCAAUAAGGCCACGAAGGAUCUCUCGAAUCAAAUUGCCAUGAGAGGUUCACACCUCCCGAACGUCAACCGUCAGGAUUCCGAGAUCGUCUCCUGCAGAUUGCGAACGCAUUGA